AUGGCACAGCGAACAAAAGUUAUUUUUUCGAGAAAUGCCGGCAAUGAUUCGAAAGGGUCUCGAUUUUCAGCAACCAAGCUUUCCGUUUCGAUGCGUACAAUAAAUAAUAAUUUGCAAACAUUAUCGAACAUUUCAAAGAAACGAACGGAAUCUCAGGGUAAACAAGAAAUCGACAAAGAAUCCCCGCAAAAUGUGGGCCAAAAGAACAUGUCAACGUUUUCCGAACCUCAACGCUUAAUCGAGACAACGCUUAUUGCCAUUUAUGAUUUGGAACUCUUUGAGGCAAAGCUAAAUUUGAAAUCCCUUGACCUUGAAAAGGCAUUUCUGAAUUUAAUUAAGAAAAUGCUAGAGUUCGGUUUUGUAACUUCGUUCGCGUCUCUCCGUUCACUUCGGAGCGAGAUCAACCAUGAAUUCCGAUUGUUCGCGGAAUGGGACUCGUCGACCAUUGAAAAACAAUAUGAAAAACAAUACCAGCGUCACAUCGCUCAAAGGUUCAAAAUCCAACAAAAACUUUGA